AUGGAGGGUUACAACAGCAACUACCACAAUGUCCUCAUAAAUCUUAUAGGAACAGUAUUGAUAGGGGUGGCAUUAUCACUUACUUCACAUUCAUACCUUCGCUUAAAGAUUCUAAAAACAAAUGGACACGAUAUUCCCUUAUUAAACAUAGCCAAUAUAUGUUCACUCGUUAAUGAAUUCGUUAUCAUCGGAGUAAAUUACGCAAAUGAAGGAUUAAUCGGCAUCUCAUCACGACCAUGGCUCUCUUUUUUGUCAAAUUUCACAUAUUUCAUCGGAAAACCUGCUAUGCUUUAUCUCGCAUACUUGAGAGCCGCAUAUGUCUACAAAAAGUAUGAAAAACACGAGUGGUUACAUUUAUCUGUUUGCAUUUGUCGUGGGAUCUCAUUAGUGGUGAUGAUGAUAGUGGAUCUAAUGUUAUAUCGAAGUCAAUGUAAUGACAUCGGAAACUCGGAAAGAUGUUAUCUGCUAAAAACCUUGCGAAAAGUGGAUACAGCAUUCACACCCAUCUGGAAAUGCUAUUAUAUCGUAGCGGAAGUAAUUUUUUUCUCUAGUUUAGCGCGUAUGUUAAAAGGAAUCAAUAAAAGGCAUGAAAUGAAAAUUGUUCGAUAUACUCGUUUUCAGGCGUUUCUCUUCUUCACUGAUAUUGUUCAGUUGUUUGCAUUGAGUAUUUAUCGCGGGCUUACUAUUUUUCAAGAUGAAGAUCUCAUUUCUGUUUAUCUUGAAUGCUUUAGUUUCGCAUUCACCGUCUAUAAUAUGUCACAAUUGGGUGUUACGAUACCGCGCGUGUUUCGUGGGUCACCACAUGAUGGUGAAAUUGUUCCCGAUCUUCAAACAUCGCCGUCGUUUUUCCAUUUCACGUCACCGCCAGAUUCUAAAGAUGACAAAAUCAAUAGAACCACAACAGAACAUUUUCAGUUAUCUGAUAUCAGAACUUGCAAGUUGCGUCAAAAAUUAGCUACUUUAGAAGAUUAUGCUUCCGGUAGUGAGUAUAAUGAUAGCAUUGAAUCGCCACCAAAAGCAGUGAUAAAAAAUCGAGUUUCUAAUAAUGAGAGAUUUUCAUUAAUCAAUUUCGAUAUCGAAUAUUGA